AUGCCGAAGAUAAGUGACCCUGAGAAAUCGCAAGAAGAAGAGCCGACAGUGGGUUUUGGAACCCUCGGAACUAUGUUAUCCCAACUUCUCGCCUUGCUGUCCUCUGUAGUCCGAGGUGGACAGGUAUACACGCAACUCUCCCCGAGCCUUCCUCCACCAAACAAAUUCUCAUUGAGCGACGAUUUCCGGCGCUGGGCGGCAGAUGCACAAGAGUAUGUUGAGCUUUUCACUCCGAGCGAUCGACGGCGUGUAUUGUUCUCACUUUUGGAAGGUGAAGCCAAAGACAUAGCGCGUGACGUAAUUCGGCCAGGUGCCGGUUUGCAGACACCCGAGGGUUCUACGGACCACACUCCCGUCGACAACCAAAUUUUUCCAGUAGAUAUCCUCACACGCGCUGGCCGUCUCAACGGGGAAACUGCGAGUAUUGCCGACAAUUCGGAACGCGAGCCGUCACCUGUGGGCAUGAUCAAACCAAUGAGUUGA